GUGCGCAUGGGGGUGUGUGCCAGCCCAGUGUGCGUGCGCGUGUAACCACGAGGGGUUCCCGACUCGACCGCAUAGCACACAACUCACUCACUUCGCUCGUGUUGAACACCGGACACACAACAGAUCCGAUUUGAGCUUAUCUUCAGAUUUGAUGCCAGUUUCUAAAAGCAAGUGAGCAAUCGGACAGACAGAAAGGAUGACGGCAGUAAAUGCACCACGUGACAGGUAUAAUGCUGUCUGGAUCAUAUUCUUCAUUCUGGGGUUGGGAACCCUUCUACCCUGGAACUUCUUUAUGACGGCAACCAUGUAUUUCACCAGCCGUCUGAAGGACCCGUUCACUAACGGAGAACUCAAUCAGACCGCCAAUGUUACAGUGGAGGGCGACAAGCGUAACGUCCUGGAGUCAAAGUUUAACAAUGUGAUGACGUUGUGUGCCAUGGUGCCACUGCUGAUUUUUACCUGCCUCAACUCUUUCAUUCACCAGAGGAUCCCUCAGAAGUUGAGGAUCUCUGGCAGUCUCUCUGUGAUUUUCGUGGUGUUUCUCAUCACUGCAGUGUUAGUGAAGGUGCCGAUGGAUCCCCUGCCAUUCUUUGCCUUCACCAUGAUCAAAAUCAUCUGCAUCAACUCGUUUGGAGCGAUUCUGCAGGGAAGUUUGUUUGGACUGGCUGGAAGGCUCCCGGCCGCAUACACCACACCCAUCAUGAGUGGCCAGGGUUUGGCUGGAGCCUUCGCUGCUUUCUCCAUGAUCUGUGCUCUUGCCUCGGGCUCAGCAUUACAGGACAGCGCCUUCGGUUACUUCAUCAUUGCUUGUGUUGUGAUUCUCCUGGCCAUCUUUUCUUACUUCGUACUGCCCAAAAUGGAGUUUUUCCAGUAUUUCUCUGAGAGUAAUGGCUGCAGUCCCAUCAGCGAUGAGGAAAACAAAUUGGACCUGCUGAAGCCUGAUAGUCCAGCGGAGAAGACACCUGUAGUAAACCUGACUGAUGAAGAGCCCAAACCCACUGUUUCAGUGUUUGCCAUCUUUAAAAAGAUCUGGGUGAUGGCACUUUCCGUAUGCUUCAUCUUCACAAUCACUAUUGGCAUUUUCCCAGCCGUCACCGUUGAUGUCAAGUCCACUGUGGCAAACGGCAGUGCUUGGGAAACUUAUUUCAUCCCUGUAUCCUGUUUCCUCCUGUUCAAUUUGAUGGACUGGGCCGGUAGGAGUCUGACCGCUUUUUGUAUGUGGCCGGGUAAAGACAGCAAGUGGUUGCCCAGUCUCAUCAUUGCACGUGCAGUGUUUGUUCCCCUCUUCAUCUUCUGCAAUGUGCAGCCCAGACACCACAUGCCAGUGUUUUUUGCCCACGACGCCUGGUACAUCAUAUUCAUGAUCCUCUUCUCCUUUAGCAAUGGAUACCUGGCAAGUCUCUGCAUGUGCUUUGGACCCAAGAAAGUGGCCCAGCAUGAAGCAGAAACCGCGGGAGCCGUAAUGGUUUUCUUCCUGUCUCUUGGUUUGGCUCUGGGUGCAACUCUAUCCUUUGGUUUCCGCGCUAUGGUCUAAAACCACGGGCCAGUAUGAUGAAGAAGACUUUAUCAUCUUCAUCCUCCUUGUUACAUACAGAAGUGGAUUUAUUAACAGCUGCAGAGUCUGGGAAAAAAAAUUUUUUAUCUUGCAGAUCCAUAAUCUUGUUGCCGGUUAGAUUCGCUUUGAUUAAAGGGAUAGUUUACCCAAAAGUGAAAAUUCUGUCAUCAUCUACUCACCAUCAUAUCGUUACAAACCUGUAUAAUUUUUUUUUGUUCUGAAAAACAUGAAGAUAUUUUAAAGAAAUAUUUAGUUUUAUACAGGUUUGUUACAACAUGAGAGCGAGUAAAUGAUGAUUUUCAUUUUUGGGUGAACUAUCUUUUUAAGUUUAUUUUGUUGCUUUUGUGCAUAUUGAACAAGUUACUGUAAAAAGUGCUUUAUUGUUAUUCACCAGUAAAUGAAAGCAAUUCCUCUUCAUAAGCUUUAUACAUGAAUGAGCCAUCGUGACAAAAAUAAGCCAAAUUUCCAUUUCAUUUUCUUUUAUACAUUGUUUGUGCAAGUUAUGUAUAUUGUGCCUGAUCAACACAAUUUAGCAAUAGUGUAAAGAAAGGAUUAGUGUUUUAUUUUUUUAAAACAGAGUUUUGUAGAUUAUAUGCUAGAUUGUAGUAUAGUGAUGUUAAAGAUCUGCAGCUGUUGAUUAGGUCAGUAUUUCUAGAUGAAUGUACUGUACAACACCAUAAAGGGUCAACUGAGGUUUUUAAAUCUUCGAUUAUUUUAUUUUAAUGUAUUUACUUUGAACAAACCUUAACCUAUUUGUUGUUUUACGUUGUUUAUUUUUAUAGACCAGCAGAAGUAUUUAGCUAAUGUUUCUCAGCUGAAAUGAAGUAAAAAGUGAAGGCCUAAAUGUUACAUUUAUAAUGUUUGUUAUUGUUUUUUUCUACGAUUUAUUUGAAUUUUGCAUGUCAUGUAUGAUGUGUUCACGUUCUAACAAACUGCUUUUGUUUGUGUGGUUUUUUAUGAGACUUUUUUUAAAAAAAGAAAUGGAGAUGUGUUGAUUGAAGAUGGUAACAGAAAUAAACACAUUUUCCAUU